AUGAUCCUCUCGAGGCUCAAACCCCUCCGCCUCCUCUCCAAUCGCUUCCGCUGCCACGCCGCUUCAGCCGCCGCCGUCUCCCGCCACGACACCGCGCUCUGGACACCCGCGCCGCUGAUUGAAGUCUCCGCCGCCGCCGAGUCGCUUUUCCACAUCGCAAUCGACGUCUCGGAUUCCCCCGAGCUCGCAGCCUCAUACACCACGGCCGGGCAGUAUCUGCAGCUCCUCUGCCGGUUGCAGAAAGGCGAUGUUGUCGGGCUGAGUGCGGUCAUGGGCAAGGGUUUUGAUGUCGAUCGAAUAUCACCGCCGGAGAAUUAUCAGACGGUUCUUAUCUUCGCCACGGGAGCCGGAAUCAGCCCAAUUCGAUCUUUGAUUGAGGUAGGCUUCGGUGCUGACAAGCGAGCUGAUGUGAGACUGUACUAUGGCGCCAGAAAUCUUGGUAGAAUGGCAUAUCAGGAGAGAUUUAAAGACUGGGAAUCUUCCGGGGUCAAUAUUGUGCCAGUCCUAUCACAGCCGGAUGAAAGUUGGAAAGGAGAAAGAGGGUUUGUUCAGGCGGCAUUUGCUCGAGCUAAAAAAAUCUUGAACCCUCAGUCUACUGGUGCUGUGCUUUGUGGGCACAGACAGAUGGCAGAGGAUGUAUCUUCUAUUCUUUUAUCUGACGGUAUAAUGAGGGAAAGGAUUUUGAAAAACAUAUGA